AUGAAUAGUAAUAAUAAUAAUAGUAAUACAGAUAAUAUAUAUCUUCAAAGAUUUACAUCGACAACAACAACAAAGAAUACAAAUAAUGGUUCAACUAUCACGUCAAAUUACGGCAACUACAAUAAUAAUAAUAAUAAUAAUAAUAAUAAUAAUAAUAAUAAUAAUAAUAUUACUCCAAUGAAUACCCUAUUGUCAUCAAGUCAACCUACAAAUGAUGGAUUAUAUGACGAUGAUGGAGACAUAGAGUUUGAUUUUUGUUCAACUCCAAAUAAUAAUAAUAGUAAUAACAACAACAAUAAUAAUAAUAAUAAUACUAUAACUUCUCAAAACGAUGAUAGUGAAUUCUCCUUUUCUUUAACACCAGAAUAUGAUCCAUUCAAUUCUCCAAAAGUAAACAAGAAUAUUAUAGCUUCUACAACUACAAAAACAACAACAAAUCAAAAUCUUCGAGAUUAUGUUAAUGUCGAUGAUGAUGAUGAUGAUUUUGUUUUUGAUUUUACUGAUGAUGAUAAUAAUAGCAAUAAUAAUAACAAUAAUAAUAAUAUUAUUAUUAAAUCAUCUGGAGCGACAAAGUCAUCAUCAAAUGAACAACAACCAAAACCAGAAUUAUUUUUUAAUGGAUUGAAUGAUUUAGAUAGUUUUUUAAAUGUUGUAACAUUGAAUAGUCAAUUAAAAAUAUUAGAAAGAAAUCAACAAGAACAACAACAACAGCAUUGCAAACCAACCUAUACCCCAAAGAAUCAUUAUUUUAAUCCAAACCAUUUCAAGGUCUACCAAUCAUUGGUAUCUCAAAGAUCUAGUUUUCUAGUUUUACCACCUACACUAUCAUACCUUCCCAUCGUCCUUUUGUAUUUGUGUACUCUGAUUACAAAUUCAGGCAACAAAGUAAAGUGUCUUUGGGUAUCCUCUCAAUCAUCAACCAUUCAACAAGAAAAGAUUGGCCACUAUAUUCAAUCAAUACUAACAAAGGAAAAGUUAUCGGAUGGAUUCAUUAAUUGUUUGGAUGAAGCAUUUGUCAAUCAAUAUGAUGAAUUGGGAUCAAUCAUUUCAACAUCAAAAAUAUUAUUUAUAAAUCAAUCAACUUUAUCUCAAUUGAUUAAAAGUGAAAGGAUAUCAUUAAAAGAAUUUAAUCAUAUAAUUUAUGAUGCAUAUGAAAUUGAUCAUAAUAUAAUGGAGGAGAUUCAAAGUGAUAUUGGUGAAAUGAUUUUUGAUUCAAUUAGAGGUACCAUUUUAUUAAUUUCAAAUCAUCAUCCAAGUGAUUAUAAUUUAUUUUUCAAAAAGACACAAAUUCAAAAUAUAUAUUGUCAUGAAUAUAAUGAAACAUUGUAUCCAUCAAGAAAUGAAAUGAUAAAUGUUGAUUUACAUACUCCAAUUAUUAGGAUUAUCAAUAUUAUAUCAAAAUGUAUUACAAACAUUUCCAAUCAGUUGGCGUCGAGAAGAGUGUUUGAUAAAUCUCUACAACCAUCAGAUUUACCAGUCAAAUCAGUUACAUCACUAAUUAGUAAAGGAGUAGACCUCAAAGACAAUGACAAAAACCAAAUUGUUGAUAUUGACUUUUUAAACGAUUUAUUAUAUCAUCUAUCUAAUUUUGGUAUUGAAAUUUGUUGGAAAUUAUUAUUACCUCUUGAUCUUGGAAAAUUAUCAAAUCAAAUUAAAUCAAUUAUUGAAUUAAUUUCAAUUAGUAAUUCAGAGAUUGAAGCAGGAAUCAUUCAAGAUCAUCCAAAGUAUCAAGUAUUGACAAAUUGGGUACAAAACCAAUUACAAUUAUUUUGUAAUAAUUCAAGAUCAUUUGAUCAAUCAGUCCCAACCUUUUUUAAAGUAUUGGUAUUGGUUUUUAACAAUGUUUCAAUCGACUUGGUAUUUUCAAAUUUAAAAAAGAUUAAAGAUAUGAAAUUAUUUGCUUUAAAAGAUUUAAAAAAUUACAAUAUAAAAGAAAUAGUUGAUAAUUUUAAUUGUAUAAUAUUACCAGUUGAUGAAAUUGAAAUUAAUCAGUUUCCAUGGAACCUAUUUUCACUUAUUGUCGAAUUUGAUCGAUUCAAUGAUGAUAUUGAUCUGUCACUAUCAACAUUUAAUACAAAUAGUAUUUCAAGAAACUUUAAAUUUCAAACAACUUUGAAUUUCACUCCAUUACAAUGUAAAGAAACAAAAUUAUUUAAUCAAACUUGUAAAUUAUUAAAGGAGAUACAAUUUAAAAAAGAAAAGAGUAUUGAUGAAAAGAUUAAAAACCAAUAUCUACCAAUUGAUUUGAAAUCAUUGUCGUCAACAAAAAGAUUAGAUAGAUUGAAUCAAAUCAACAAUAGCAACUCAAUCUUGCCUACUACGGUGGUCAUUGAUACAACACAACCAAACUUGUAUAGAUCAAUUGGACGUGCAUUACAACUAUCUAUUCCUAUCAAAUUGAUAGUUGGUGACUCAUUUCUUCAAUAUGAAUCACUCUAUGACCACCUAGAGAAUGAUUACAACAUUGAAUUGGUAGAGAGAACUGUAGAUGAUGCCGACAUUGUAUUGGAUGAACGUCAUUGUAUCAAGAUUCUUAAUUUCAAAUCAGAUGUGUCACAAACCAUUACCUCGUUGGUUAAAUUGUCACACCAGUAUACCAAAUGUUGGAUCAUUGCCUAUAGCACCAUCAAGAAUGUAUUCUCACCAAACACCAAAGAAUUUAUUGCCAAAGUGAUAGGUGCUACAUGUUACUUGCCCGAGUCAUUUUCAGUCAACAUUGGUUACUCUUUCACUCAUCAACAAACUGCAUUAUUGAUUCGUGAAAUUUGUGAAUCUAUUCCAAUUGAUAAUCCAAAUUGGGAUUCAUUAGAAACAUGGGCAAAUAGAAAAUGGUUAAUUGGAACUGUAUCAAGACAUGAAGCAUUUUUAUCAGUGAUUCCAGGCAUGAACCCAUUCUCUUCCCAGUUACUUAUAACUUGGACCAAUUUACCUUAUUUACUUUCAAGUGAUUUAGAUACUUUGGAAAAAGAAUUUACAUGGGUUCCUAGUUAUGUUUGGGUAACUAUAGGUAUUAUAUUUGGAAAUCCAAAAGAAAAGAUUAUUAUUGAACAGAUCAAAAAGAAACCAAAAACAACAGUUGCAUUACAACUACAAUCAUCAUCGACAUCUUCAACUUCUCAUAACAAAUCAACUCCAAAAAAACAAACAAAAAAUAAUAAUAAUGGUAAAUCAUCACAAUCACAACAACAUAACAAUUCAUUAAAACAAACAACCAUUGAACAAUAUUUCCAUCCCCGUAAAAAGAGGAGAGAUAAAAAGAUGAAUACAAAGAGAAUAUUAGUUAGAAAUAUACCAAGUGAUAAGGGUAGAAAUGAAGUGAUAGAUAACCUUAAAAAGUUGUUAGGAGGUAAUGCUUCGGCAGCUAUCAUCACCAUCCCCGCUGCUAUACCCGCUGAUAUCGAUUUGAGCAAACAUCCAAAUACAAAUAUUGCUUUACUAUCAGUACAAGAUAUUACAAAGAUGCAAAUGAUACAACAAUUAUUAAAUAAUAAACCAUUUGGAAGUAAUAGAUUAAUAGUUGAAUAUUAUACGAUUAAACCUAUGGCUGCUAUAACUGCAUUGACAAAGAAACCAGCACCUCCAAUUGCUAAACCUUCACCUUCACCUGCAGCUGCACCAACUACAACCACUACUACAACAACUACAACUGAAUCGACGACGACACCAACUACAACGACUGAAACUACAAAGGCUGCUGAUACUACUACAGCAAAAAUUGAAAAGACUACGACCGUUGCAGCUCCCAAGAAAGAUGUAGGAGAAAAACAACCAAAACAACCAACAAAUAACAAGAGAAAGGAAAUUGAAAAGGAAGAAGGAGGAGCAGGAGAUGAUAAGGAAGAAAAGAAGGAAGAAAAGACUAGUCAACAACAAACUGUAAAGAAAGUAAAGAAUGAUAAUAAUAAUGAAUCGACCGAAAAGAAACAACAACAACCAAAAAAGAAAGAAAAUGAAACAACAAAGAAAGAUGAAACAAAGAAAGAAAAUAAUGAAACAAAGAAAGAUAAUAAUAAUAAUAAUAAUAAUCAAAAUAGAGAAAAGAAACCAUUACAAGUAAUUAAGAAUAAGAAAAAAGUAUUGAUGAUGAUUACAAAACAGAUUAGUGAACACAUUGAAAAGAGAGAUUUUGUAAAGUUUAGAUUCGCCUACAACUAUCUUCGUGACCACGAGUUGGAAUUGGAUCAUUUGGCAUAUGGAAUUGUGUUGAAUGCAUGUGUGCGUUUCCAAGAGUGGGAGAUGGAGAAGACUGUGUUUGGUCAUGUGCUUCAGAGCAAGGUUGGCCCCAACGAAGUCAUCUAUACGACACAUAUCAAGGCAUUGUGCGAGACGGAUAUGGCAGCAACCGAGCAACUACUAGACGACAUGGAAAAGAAUGGAGUCGAGCCAAACACGCGUACACUCAACUCUAUUCUUCGUGGAUGUGUUAGAGAUGGAAACAGAGGCAUUGCCGACAGAAUCUAUCAACGUGCGGUGUCGAGAAAAAUAGAGGAUGCUUCAACCAUUGAAUACAUGAUCAAGGUGUACUCACAGCAUCUAAAGAUCAACGAUUGUUGGACUAUUCUUACAAGCAAGUUUGAAGAGAUGGAGGAGACAUUGUCACCGGCCAUCUUUUCAAGGCUUGCUUUGGCGUCGCUCAUGGCAGGUGACUUGAAGAGUUCGACUCGUGCAUUGUCGAUUGUCGAUGACUUGAUGGCACGUGCACCUCAGUCUGUUGCCAAGAGCAUCAGCUCGCAUCGUGACAAGGGUAAAAAGUCAGAAGAGAACAAGAUCUCGGCCGGUCUGUUUGAGCGUAUCACCAGACAGGAAAUCAACGAAGAGAGUGAUCGUGUGCGUUCCUACCUCGUCAAACUCAAGAGUGGAGACGUCUCUAAAAAGGUCAAGAUGUUGUCGAUGGAGACUACUGCAUCCAUCUACUUUUCCCCCCUCACCUUUUCCCACGUCUACAAGGAUAACAUUGAUAUGCUCGAGAACAAGUUAUUCAUCAACAAAUUAUUCUUUAAUCGAAAGGAACAACAACAACAGUUGAAAAAGACAGCUGCCGAAGAAAGUGGAAAUACAGGCAGUAGCAAUCUUUACAAGAUUAAUAUCGCGGGUAACCAAUACAUCAACCAAAACAGAUUGGUCAAGAUGGAGAUUUGUAGUGGUCACGGUCAUUGGAUCAUGGAGCGUGCCAAGCGCGACCUCGAGUCUGACUGGGUGUCUGUCGAGAUUCGUUAUGAUCGUGUCUUUCAGAUUUGGACGAAAAAGGUGUUGGAGGACAUAGACAACUUGUACUUGUUGGCCGGUGAAGCACACAGUACCAUCAAGACCAAUGUGCCCGAUGGAUCGGUCGAUGAGCUCUACAUCAAUUAUCCCAACCCUCCAAUGUGGUACGGUGCCAAACGUCUCAUUGACGAACCAUUCUUGAAAGAGUUGAAUCGUAUCCUCAAGCGUGACGGUACUCUUACCAUUGUCACUGAUAACAGAGAAUAUUCAGAGUCGGUAGUCCGUCAACUCCAAACCAGUAAACCACUCAAACGUAUCUUUGCACCUGCCCAAAACAACGAUUACCUCGCCGAUCUUCCAGAGGAAUAUGGUUAUUCCUAUUUCAACAAACUUUGGUCCAAUGGUCAACGUAUUAAAAGAUAUUGUGUCUAUGCUAUUAAAAAGAGAUAA